AUCAAGAACGCAUGGCUCGAAAGAGCGCUUGUUGUAGCCCAACUUCGGAAAACGGUAGUUCCACGCUAGAGACGCUAGAUGUCAGCAGUACUCGUCGUCCCGCAAUGACGUCGGUUGGGAAAAGUGGAGUCGAAUUCUUUAAUAGGUGUAUGAUUCGUAUUAAUUUUAAACAGUGCUGUCUUUUCCUAUGUUCGAAAGGAAGCACCUUUGCAUCUCUCCUUGACCCGAUAACGUUUUUCACAAAGGUUAAGGAAAGGAGGCAUAAAGGUUAGGAGAUUUGACUAUUCGAAGAGGACCCAUCGGUUCCAGGGAUCUGACUUUUGCUUCAGCGAAAGAACCAAUCACAGAACGGGGGGGACAGCAAGACGAUGACGACGUCUAUGCGACACACCGAAGCUUGUAGUUUGUUUAUAUCUAUGGAUCCAACAUGGCAGCAGAGGCGAAGUUACCUUUCGAUGCAGCUUUAGAAAGUGUGCUAAGUAGUUUCGAACGCAAGUUUAUUUGGAUAAAAUAGCAACUUUUCAACUGGUCUAAUUUAUACGAUUUGCUAUGAGCUACGUACAGCAUCUGAUAGACAUUCGUAGCGCCCAAUAAACGGCUCUGGGCAUUCGUUAACCACGCCUCAAAUACGAGAAAAUGAAUGUGUGGUUCGCAGACCUCAAUGUAGAUUGAGGUGAGGUCUAGCGAUCUAUAGGAAAUUAACAACCUUUAGUUGAUCUAUCUUCACCAGAAAAUAUUUAGAAGAUCUGCAAAUCCCUUUUUACGAUUCAAUCAGCCAGAUAGCCGAUUCCACAGUCAACGUUAUCUUCCCUUUGACGUAUCAUAUGACGGGCAACAUUUCAGACCACUAUUAUUGGGAUUGCAAUGCUUCAUGGUGAACCACAAGUCAACUAAUCAGAAAACGUAUACGUUCACUAGCAAUAAUUGGCAUCUCGGUAUGUAUUUAUCAUGAGCCAUGUACUUAGAGACGAUACGGUAAUGUCUAAAGGCCAUGCUCCAGAGGAACAGGAGAUAGAAACUGCAAGAACGUUAAAGGAAGAUUCACAUUAUGGACCGCAUCUUUCAUCAACUUCCUUCGAAACAUCAGGGCCUGACACGCCCGGACUUCCUUGCUCAUCUCAGUCAACUCCCUCACCCUCUGAGGGAAGCGGUCUGCUGUCAUUACCGUGGGAAAUGGUGACUCAGAUCGCUUCUCAUCUUCCUGCCCAGUGUGUCAUCUCCGUGUUGCCGAAGGUGUGCCAAGCACUGGGUAACAUAGGCGAGGACAGCACCAGCUGGCAGCUGCGUGCUGGCAGGCUAACCGGUUCCAGGGUGAAAUUCCCUGUUGGUUCCAGGGAGGGUUACGACUGGCCCAAUGCCUGCCUGGAGAUGGAGGAUCUGAUCACCUGCUGGGAGGACCAGGCCGCCUGGGUGGACAGACACACCAAGGCCAGGGACGAUGGGACGCAGGCUGUCCAAGGAGCAGAAGUCAGGGGGGAGGAAGAAAGGCGUGGAGAGGCAGACCAAGACGCCGAAGGCUUUGUGCUCGCAGAGCGUGCUGAGGAGCGAGGUGUUGACGCCGUGAUGGAGGUGGCCUUUGAGGGGGAGUUGGAGAUGCAGGCAGACGGACAAAGGGCUAACUCAAAAGAGAGGAGGAGGAGACCAGAGGAGGCGGCCGCCGUGGCGAUGGUGAAGGAAGAACGAUGCAAUGAGAGGGGACCCCCGGAGGCCCCUGAGGGGUGCGGGAACGGAGGAGACAACCCUCAGCUGGGCGGAGGCGGGGCGGAGCUAGGCGUGGAAGAGCCCGAGCCGUUGAGGCCUCUGAGCCCGACCCCAGCCCUGGAGCGGGUCCCUCUGCCCUCGACGGGCCACUAUGCCCAGGUGAAUUCCGUGCUGCUGAUCGGAGGCGAGGGGGCGGUGUGCGUCUCGGGCUCCAGGGACACCAACGUCAUCUUGUGGGACCUGCAUGGUGGCAGAGACGCCACGCCCCACAUGCUGCGGGGCCAGGGGCUGGCGUCUAGCCACCGGGGCUGGGUGUGGUGCCUGGCCUCCCGGGGCUCGCUGCUCGCAUCAGGGAGCUUCGACAGCACUAUCAGACUGUGGGACCUGGGGGCCGGUGGGGCAGAGAGGGGCAGGAUCUCCACCAGCGCCCCUGUCCUGUGUUUGUCCUGCCAGCCAGACGUACUGCUGGCCGGGACAUUCAACAAGACCAUCAGCCUCUAUGACACCAGAUUGGCUGAGCCCCUGGUGAAGAGUCUUCAGCUACAUGGCAAGGCCGUCAUGUGUCUGGCUGCUGAUGAGCAGUACAUCAUCUCCGGGAGCCAGGACUACACGGUUGCCAUCUUUGACCGCAGGGCCGGCAAGACCUUAAAGAGACUACGGCUCCGGUCCUAUCUUCUGUCCAUGUGCUACCAAAAUGGCGAGGUGUGGGCGGGGGACAACAAGGGCAUCAUACACGCCUUCUCUGUGCGGUCGGGGGUCCUGAAGCCCCUGUCCCAGUUCGAUGUGGGACACACCUCCCUGGUCACAGGCAUCCACAAGUCCCCCGGGAGCCUGUACACCAGUUCAUCGGAUCGCACUCUAAAGGUACACAUUCCUUGUGCCCCUCCGAGGACUCUGUGCACACUGAAUUACCAAGAGGGAGUUAGUGGGUUGAGCGUGGAGUCGGGGGUUCUGGCCGUCGCUUCGGGAGAGACGUCUGUGGAGGUGUGGAGGCCCUGUAGAUGAGGGAGGGACCAUAUUCCAUUACCUAAUCAAAAGCAAACACUCCAGCCGAGAAGGAGGUAGCUCUGGAGACCGGGAAGAGACUAGUUGCCCUGGAACCUGAAUUUCCUGGAUCAGUUUGCCUCAUACAAAACUGUUGCUAGUGUGUGUAGCACAGUCAUACCGUUUUAAAGGUGAAAGACUUAAAAAGAUAGAGGAUUGUUAUAUUCAAGUUAUAAUUUAUUGAACUGAUGCUUUAGGUCCAUCAGUUGCAAUUGCAAUUGCAUUUUUGAUACGCUGUGUCUUUAACAGUGAGUAAUAUGUGAAGACUGGACGCCUAACAUGUUCAUAUAUCUAUAUACAGUUUACAAUAGCUAGUUUACAGUAAGAUAUCUUUGAGAAUAACGUCCCAGAUUGUGUUUAUUACCACCAACUAGUAAAACAUUGUAACUAAUCAUGUAUUUCCCCACUGCUGUAUCGUUUUUCCACACAUUAUUUAUAGCACAUGUGAAGAUUGAAGUGAUGUACCGUUUUAAAGGUGAAAGACUUAAAAAGAUAGAGAGGAUUGUUAUAUUCAAGUUAUAAUUUAUUGAACUGAUGCUUUAGGUCCAUCACAGUUGCAAUUGCAAUUGCAUUUUUGAUACGCUGUGUCUUUAACAGUGAGUAAUAUGUGAAGACUGGACGCCUAACAUGUUCAUAUAUCUAUACACAGUUUACAAUAGCUAGUUUACAGUAAGAUAUCUUUGAGAAUAACGUCCCAGAUUGUGUUUAUUACCACCAACUAGUAAAACAUUGUAACUAAUCAUGUAUUUCCCCACUGCUGUAUCGUUUUUCCACACAUUAUUUAUAGCACAUGUGAAGAUUGAAGUGAUGUACACAAUAACUUGUUCAACUUAAACUUUUUUUUUUUCUUUUACUUUAACUUGCCUUAACUGAACUGCACUAGCCGUGUUCACAUCUAGCUUUUUUUGUAAUAGCGAAAAGUUGAGCCGACCGUUUUUUCAACAAAUAAAAGCUGGCAGCGUUUUUUGUCCUAAAAGCGCCGAGAGCGUUUAUUCUAUCGCCUAGCAUGGAACCCAUUCUAGACCCGACGUUACACGGCUACUAUGUAUCCAUCCAGGCUGGAGCCCAUUAGACAUAUCGUAGAUCUCGACAUGUUCUGUAAUCAAAACUAAUAAUCGCUCCACCGGCACUUUCCCGAAUGAUUUGUCCACCACGGACUUGUUUUGACAGUUGAGUUUCCUUCGAUGUUCCGCUUGUGAUUGGUCAGUUGCCAAAAAGACGCGUGACGUCGGACACUUUCUUCCUGAAAGUUGAACUUUUUUCAACGCUCCGUAUGGCAGAAAAAAACGCUGGGAGAGGCGUUUAAAAAAACGGCCGUGACUUUUUCCAGAAACGCUCUGCUCCAUAAAAUAUAAUGUAAAACAAGCGCUGGCAGAUUAAAAAAAAAAAAACGCUAGAUGUGAACACGGUACUCAACACUAUGGGAAAUAAAACAGACGUGAUUCUGA